AUGGAGUAUCUGCUAUCACUGGUCGUUCCAACAGCGUCACAAGCAUUGGCUGACUUCCAACGGGCAAAUUCCUCUAUUUCUCCACAACUCAUAAGCGUUAGUCAACCCCGGAUUCGAUGGUCUCCACCGGUAAAGGGUGUAAUAAAAGUUAAUUUCGAUGGAGCACAGUUUAGAGAUGUGGGCAAAACAGGUUUGGGAGUCGUCAUUCGAGAUAGCAGAGGGCAAGCACUGUCUUCUUUGUCUGAGCAAGCAAGUCUCCCAUUCUCUCCAAAAAUUGUCGAAGCUAUGGCAGUAGCUAGAGCUAUUUCCUUCGCACAGGGACUUGGUUUCACCUCCUUCGUACUAGAGGGUGAUUCUAUAAAUAUCAUAAAGGCACUUCAAUCUGAUGAUGAAUCCCUUUCUUCAUAUGGUCAUAUACUCAGCUCGGCAAAAUCCAUGGUCGUAGCAGGUAGCAGCAUCAAGUACUCGCAUGCGGGUCGAAGUGGUAAUAAUGUAGCGCACAAUCUAGCUAAACAUGCUAGACAUGUUAGAGGUUGUUCAGUGUAG